AUGGGUGUUUACCACCAUGUCGAAACUAUUGAUGUAGAUAAGACAUAUUGCAUUAAUGCCACUUAUUAUCCAUUUUAUUUGAUUUUUGAUGAGUUUGAAGAGGGUAUCGUAUUAAACGAAUACUAUUCACGCUCUCCUAACAGAGAAACAACAAGAGAUGCAGUUUUUACUUCUGAUAAUUUAACAACUUUUCGAGUUUUCGAGCUUCCUUACGGAUCAUUUACAAUUAAAGCCAUAAAAUCAUCCAUGGUAUCGUUUUCUUACAUUUCUCUCCCAGGAUACUGCCAAACAGGCGUUUAUUUGAGUUCAUAUCAUUCAGAUUUAGUUCAACUUUCACCAUCUCAAAAGAACUUCUACAAACUUGGAAAUUAUGAUGACAAAUGCUUCAUAUUCAGCACAGAAUCGGCACAAUCAUUCAAAAUCGAUCAAAUUUCAAAAGAUCAGCUAGAUCGUGUCUUUUAUCACACAAACUACAGAGAAUUUGAUGUAGCUACAGGCAACUUCUCAAAGACAUAUCAUUACACGCCAGUUGCCACUCAACCUCGUCCAUUUGUCAGAUUAUUAACAAAUAGAGGUCUUCCACCAGAUUUACUGAAGAUUUCCUUCGAAGCAGGAGCGAAGACUGAAAGAGAAGAUUCUGGAACUAACAUUCCUCGCGGUAGAACGAUAGAUUGCGAACAUAUCCUGACUUGGUAUAGCGAAGAACUGAUUAUUAUGCUCAUAGCCUGCUGUGUAUUCUUUGGAAUCAUAUUUGUCAUGCUUGUAAGCUGCAAAAUUAUGUCAAAGCGUCAGCCGAAAUAA